AAAAGGUCCAGCAAAGCACUCUUGAAUGAUGAAACAAAGGGUAUCAGGUUCAACAAGAUGGUGGAUAUUUAUGAAACGUAUUCCAAGGUGGACUAUGAUCGUAGUUCAGAUUCAGAAGCAGUCUGUACACGAUUGACAGCCAUGAUAGCCACUCAGAUCAAACAAGAAUUGAAUGAAUAUAAAUUACAUGAAAUGGUUGUUCAUAAUUCA